UUCAGCUAUCAUUCACUCACAGUACCAUUCACUCUUCGACCGGUUAGCCUUCACGGCAGUCUGUCGCGUAACUUCGGCCGCGGUGCACCCCCCAACAGAAUGCUGAUCAAAGUGCUGCUCGUUGUAUCGAGCGUAGCGCUCUCAAGCUGCGACGUCUCCCAUCUGGAGCCCGAGAUCAUCACGGAGCCUCCACCUCCAAAGCCGUAUGUUUUCUCGUACACGGCCGGCAGGUACCCAGGACACACGGACCGUCAGCAUGCUGAAGUGAGCGACGGAAGCGGUGUAGUCAGAGGCACCUACUCCUACGUGGACCCUCGCCAAAAAGUCCGCACGGUGGACUAUGUGGCUGACAAGGAUGGCUUCCACCCAGUUCUGAGCGAUGUACCACCGGAACACCCAGCUGACUCAGCAUCAGUGGCUAAAGCAAAGGAUCGCCACUUCGAGCUCUACGCUAAGAUUGCUGAAGAACAUGCUCACCACCCAUUCCCUGAUGAAACAACAGUGCCCCGACAAUCAGCAGCAGUUGCAGCAGCAGCGGCGAAGCACACGCAGCUCUUCAGGGUGAUCGCAGAGCAGCACGCACGCAUCGCAGCAGAAAGGGAAGCACUCCAGAGAGAAGAAGAAGAAAAGCAACACUUGCAAGAACUCGGACAAUAGAUAAAAUUAUAUACUAACAGGACUAUGGAUAAUGAUGUACUGUCGACAACGAAAAUCCGGUACCCUUAGAUAUAUUUAUCGAAAUUAGUUUUGCCAAUUCUGUAACAGAUAAUUCUAGAAACGAAGUCAAUAACAAAAAAUAUCUGCUCGUUAAUGUUAAUGAGUUACAUUAAGGAACCUCGAUUAGGAAACACCAAGAUCUAUAAGCCGUAGAAUCGCAAAUAAACUGCCUGCAUUUAGAUAGGA